AUGGGUUCGCCGAUUUCGGGAUUCAUCGCCGAGGCGGUCCUGCAACGGUUAGAGUCGCUGGUCUUCCAACACCACAGACCGAAAUUCUGGGCCCGGUAUGUGGAUGACACCUUCGUCGUCAUCGAACGGGAUCAGGUGUUGACAUUCCAAGAACAUCUCAACUCCGUCUUCCCGGACAUUCAAUUUACGAUGGAGGAGAAAGAGAACAACCAGCUGGCCUUCCUGGAUGUCCUCGUAUGCCGCAAAGAUUGUGGUGAACUAAAAACCAAAGUCGUCAGGAAAGCGACAAAUACGAUACAAGUACUGAACUUCAACAGUAACCACCCAAUCAGCCACAAACGCAAUUGUGAAAGGACGCUCCAUCGGCGUGUCGAAACGCACUGCAGUGAGCCGGAAGACAAAAUUGCCGAACUACAAUACCUCCUACGGGUCUUCAAAGCCAAUGGCUACCCGCGCAACUUCGUCGACCGGUGCAUACGCAAAAGGGACGAAAGGCCUAACCGCACGGACACCACAUUUUGGCGGGCACUUCCGUAUGUCAAGAACGUUUCGGAAGCUGUCGGCCGUCUUCUCGCACCACUUGGGGUUGGAGUGGCACACAGACCGGAGGCAACCAUCAGGCGUCAACUGGUGAAACCAAAAGACCCACUGCCACGGCUAGAAACGUCUGGAGUCGUUUAUCGGAUCUGGUGCAGUUGCGGACAAAGCAACUACUUCGGAGAAACUGGAAGACAGAUCCGAACGAGAAUGGCCGAACACGCGGCAGCGGUGCGCAGAAAUGACGCCAGCUCUCAAGUUGCGGCUCAUUCGACGAGAUCCGACCACACAUUCAAAUUCGAUGAGGCCGAAAUUCUCGCAACAGGAGACAACCGCGUGAGCCGGGAGCUACUGGUAUCAUGGUUUACUGGCCCCCAGUCCAUCAACAAGUGCAACGGUCUUCCCACUCCUUACUUCGUGCUAAAACUUCGCCUAGGCGGAGUAACAAGCCAUGCGGGGAGCGCAGAGGUGAACACUUUUCCCAACACCGGGGUCGGUGCGUCAGAUGGUCGAGCAAUCAUCACGCCAACAUCCAACGCACGUGAUGAAAUUGCAGCAAUUAUCGACUUGAAUGUCGGCCAUCAAGCAGUGAUCACACCAAGUGCGACGAUCCCGGAUGAAGGGGGGAGCCGUGAAUGUUCCUAG